UCUUUAUUUCUGCGAAGUCUUUGAACGGAGUUGGAAUAUUGAAGUCAAUACACAACUUUCUUCGUUAUAAAAAAGAGAGCAAAAAAUUUCAUAGCAAAGAAAAGAAACAGUAUGAGAUAUGUUGCGGAAGGAAGAAAAAAAAACAAAAUCUUUAGCAGCCGCAUUUUUUGCUGGGUGGCAAACAUUACAUGUAGUAUAUAUACUAAGAGAACAAUCGCUUGAGGUAGUAAACUUUUCAUUGCUUACAUUUAUUUUUGUGUUCAUGUUGGCAAAGCAAUGAAUUAAGCAAAAAAAUAAACAGAAAGAGUAUUUAAAAAAAAUCAAUAAUUAGACUUGAAAUAUUAUCUCGU